AUGGCUAGAAAGAAGUCAGCUGCUAAAAGGGCCCGUGAACAAGCCGAACAGGAGCCAAAGCCUCAAGUCGAGAAAAAAAUUGAAGAACAAGUUUCAGAAGAAUUUAGCUCAGAAGAAGAAUCCUCAUCAUCUGAAGAAGAGGAUGAUUUUGGUGAAUUGAUUACUGAAGAUGUUGAAGAAGGUAUCAACAAAGUGUUGAGUGCUAUCAGAUCUGGUGAUAAAUCCGCCUUACUUGAUCCUAAAGUUAAGUUUUUCAAUGAUCAAAUCUCAAAAGAUUCAACUAAGAAAGAGAAGGAAAAACCAAUUUAUUUGAAAGAUUAUCAUAGAAUGAGAUUGUUGAAUGGUGAAGGUUUAGAAGAGGAGAAAGAAGAACAAGCUCAACCAGAGUUCAAAACUUAUGACCAAGAGCAAGAAGAACAACGUAAUGAAUUAUUAUCACAGAUUAAUAAUGCCAUGGGUGAUGAAGAUGAAGAUGAUGAAGAGGAUGAUGGAUUCUUAAAGAAAAAAGUUGAAACUGAGUCAGAAAGUAAGCCAAAGAGAGUGUUACCAAACCCUGAAGAAGAUGAAGAAAAGUUUUUGCAAGAAUUUGCUGCUCAACAUGCUUGGAUUCCACAAAAAGGUGACAAGAUUAUAAAUUUAGAUAACCAUGGUGAAGAAGAAGAUGACGAAGAAUUCGAUGAUGCUGUUGAGCAAUUUGAACAUGCUUAUAACCAUAGAUAUGAAGACCCAAGUUCUGCUGAGAUUAUAAGUUAUGCUCGUAAUGCUGCCACUGUAAGAAGAGAUACAAAUAGUCGUAAGAAGAAAAGAGAGCUUAAAAAAGAAGAAGCUAAUAAAUUGAAACAAGAAAAGGAAACUCAAAUAUUUAAGAAGAAGAAUGAAAAAAUCAACAAAUUGGCUGAUAUUUUGGAACAAAUCAAGAAUGAUUAUGGUGCUGAAAUCAAUGAAGAUUUAGUUAAAAGAAUAAGUGAUUCAUUGUUAGACAAAGAUUUUGAUGAUUCACAAUGGGACACUCUACUUCAAGAACUUUUCAAUGAUGAAUUUUAUAAUGAUGAUGCUUCUAAACCUCAAUGGGACGAAGAUGAUGAAAUUAUGAAAGAUUUCAAGCCAAGUGGAGCAGAUGAAGAUGAUGAAGAAGAACAAUCUGAAGCUGAAGAAGCUGAUGAAGAACCAGCAAAGAAAAAAUCUAAAAAAGAUCAAUUAAAAGAGAAGAAAGAUAAAAAGAAGGAAAAGAAACGUCUCAAAGAAUUAGCAGAACAAGCCGUUGAAGCUAAUAAACUAAAGAUUGUUGAUCAAGUUGAAGAAGAACGUGAGGGCCGUUCUAAAGAAAAGAAAGAUACUUUUAAAUAUCGUGAAGUUUCUCCAGAAACUUUUGGUUUGACUACAAGAGAUAUUUUAGUUGCUGAUGAUUUACAGUUGAAUGAAUAUGUUGGGUUGAAAAAAUACGCAGCUUAUAGACCAAAAGAUCAAAGAGUUAAAGAUAGAAGAAAAUUAGCAAAAGCUAAACAGUUGAAAGAAUGGAGAAAGAAGGUUUUCAAAAAUGAAAAUGGCCCAGAAGUUGAUGAGAAUGAUAAAGAAGGUGAUAUCAAGAUCCCAAUUCCUGCAGAUGUUGAAAAAAAAAGUAAGAAAUCAAGAAAGAGAAAACAUGAAAAGUUGAUGGAUUAG